AUGGCGGAGAUGGCGAUGGAGAAGAGUAUAGAGGAUGGCAACUAUAGAGCAGUGAUGGACAGGGCAUCCGCUCACCCAGUCCCCAAUCAGCCGUUCGCCUGCUGCCAGCUGCCAGCUUCGAGCUGCCCCAACCGGCUCCAUAAUAAGCAGUCAAUUUUCAGGGCUCGCCGGUCUCCGGCUGCCCGACUGACGGAGCCCCUGGGAGGUUUCAGCUUGCCUGCCAGAAGAAAGAAAGCCAUGACGGGAGCGCAGGCCGGAAUCCAGCAGCACGCAGCCACUGCCAGCCCGUCCUAUAAGUCCAUCGCCUCGUCUCUAUCUGUCUCUCUCCUGUCUCUUCUAUCUGUCUAUCUCUAUCUAAUGCCAUCUUCUUCAUCUUCGUCGCCGUCGUCGUUUGAUAUCAGCUUCUUUUCGUCUGAUCUCGAGCAGCCAAAGGAGAAACAAGCAACAUCUUCGUUCUUCUUCUUCUUCUUCCUGCUCACCAACAGACGUCGAUCUCUCGACCUCGACCGCGCUGCUGAUAUACCGGAGCAGGCCUCUGUCCCGGUCGAGCACUCCCAGAUCUAG